AUGGAUGAUUCAAUAUUAGAUGAAAAUUUAAAAUUAUUAAAUGGUCUACAUGAUAAUUCAAUAAAACGAAAUGAAAUUAUUUCAUAUAUUAAAAAAAAGAAAAAAAUUUCAAUUUUUGCAUAUGGAUCAUUAUUAUGGAAUCCAAUUGAUUAUAUAAAUAGUAGAAUAUCUAAUUGUAUACUUAACAAUUAUAAUAAAGGAUUUUUUUGUGAAGAUUUUAUUUAUCGUGGUACAACUGAUUUUACUGGAUUAACAAUGGGUUUAAUAAAUGAUUCAAAUGGAUUUGUUAAUGGAGUAUUAUUAACUUCAAAUAAUCAUAAUAUCAUACCAUUUUUAAAAUCAUUUGUUAAACGUGAAAGUCCAAUUGAUUUUAAAGAAAAUUUAUUAGAUAUAUAUCAAUAUGAUUUUGUUAAAAUUAAUUUACCAGAUCAAAUUAAUUAUGAAUAUGCAUUAACUUGUAUUGUUAAUAAAAAUAGUUUAUUUUAUUUAAAUAAUAAAUUAACAUUAGAUGAACAAGCUAUUAAAAUAGGACAAGCUUAUGGAAUUAAUGGAACCAAUUUUCAAUAUUUAGAUAAAUUAAAAAAUAUUUAUCAACAAUUUCUUAUUCAAGAUUCAUUUUCAUCUCAUUUUAAUCAUCUUUAUAAUAAAGUUAUUUCAUAUCGUCAAUCAUUAACAAUUCAUGUACAAAAAUGGUUUACUAUUUAUGAUGAAUUACAAACAUUAGAACAACGAAAAGAAGCUUUAAAUAAACAAAAUUCAAAAGAUUUUCAAUUUAUUAUCGAAACAUUAAUUACACCAGCAAUUUGUUCCGAACAAUUAAAUAAACAAAUUCAACAAACAACAUCAAUUUAA